UCAACUCUUCUGCCAACUUCAUUUUAUUUCUCUCAGAAACAAAAUUUGCACAAAAUCUGAAUUGGCUUAUUAUUUCAUUUUAGAGAGAGAGAGAGAGAGAGAGAGAGAGAGAGAGAUUGAAGAUGUUGGCAAUAUUUCACAAGACGUUUGCGCGCCCCCCUCAGGAACUGAACAGUCCAGACUCAGGAGGGAUGAGGAGAUCAAAGAACCCUGAAGAGAUACUGAGGGAUUUUCAUUCAGUUCAUAGCGGCGACUCUUUCUCUGCUAAUUUCAGUGGUGGGGCUGUUCUUGCUUCUGUUGGUCACGAUGGGAAGACCGUCUCCCUUCCUCAGAGGUUAUUCUGUAGCUUCGAUGAGAUAUACUGCAUGUUUGUAGGAAACCUUAACAAUUUGAGCUCCCUCAUAAGGGAAUAUGGCCUCUGCAAGUCUACAAAUGAUGCUCUCCUUGUGAUCGAGGCUUAUCGCACUUUACGUGAUCGUGGGCCCUACCCUGCCGACCAAGUUGUCAAGGAUCUCAGCGGCCCCUUCGCGUUUGUCCUCUAUGACAACAAGGCCGGCAUCAUAUUCGCUGCAUUGAGUUCUGAUGGAGCAAUACCUUUGUAUUGGGGUAUUGCGGCGGAUGGAUCGGUGGUGAUUUCUGAUGAUAAGGAGGUUAUUAAGGGAGGCUGUGGCAAGUCUUUUGCCCCUUUCCCUGCUGGGUGUAUGUUCCAUAGUGAAGGGGGGCUGAGGAGCUUUGAGCACCCGAUGAACAAGUUAAAAGCAAUGCCAAGGGUUGACAGCGAGGGAGUUAUGUGCGGCGCCACAUUCAGGGUCGACAAGUAUACGAGGAUCAACAGCAUGCCGAGGGUCGGAAGCGCUGCAGACUGGACUGAAUGGGAUGAGUCCUGCCAGUAGAUGAUGUAUAUCAGCCUUUGCCAGCACUUUGCUUAUGCAAAUAAUCUUUCAGUUGGUUCAACAUGCAAUGCUUAACGGUUACUUUUGGGAUUCUGUGUUUUCUGUGUGAUAGCCGGACUGCUUCUUGAGUGAAUAACAUCAGAAUUGUUGUAUAUAUAACAGUGGUCGAGAUUUUGCCUUCAUCUCUACGAGUGUUUUGCCUCUUGUUGGUGUUUUCUUCCUUGUUUGUGGGUAAUAUGUUGUUUCCCUUUGCAAUCUAUGGUCCCUUGAAGGUGAAUUGUCUAAAUGCAGUUAUAUUUGUGAGCUGUUUUGGAAA